CAUGAAGCCGCAGCCGCCGGGCUAGGCCCGGGGCGGCUCCAGGCCUGGGCGGCCCGCAGAGGGCUGGGCCGGUCCCCAGCUCCGGUUCCCGGGGCGGCGGGUGGCCACUCACCAUGCCAGGCAAGCACCAGCAUUUCCAGGACCCCGAAGUCGGCUGCUGCGGGAAAUAUUUCCUGUUUGGCUUCAACAUUGUCUUCUGGGUGCUGGGAGCCCUGUUCCUGGCCAUCGGCUUCUGGGCUUGGGGCGAGAAGGGUGUUCUCUCCAACAUCUCGGCGCUGACAGAUCUAGGAGGUCUAGACCCUGUGUGGCUGUUUGUGGUGGUUGGGGCUGUCAUGUCGGUGCUGGGCUUCGCUGGCUGCAUUGGUGCCCUCCGGGAAAACACCUUCCUGCUGAAGUUUUUCUCUGUGUUCCUCGGCCUCAUCUUCUUCCUGGAGCUGGCGACAGGGAUCCUGGCCUUUGUCUUCAAGGACUGGAUUCGAGACCAACUCAAUCUCUUCAUCAACAGUAAUGUCAAAGCCUACCGGGAUGAUAUUGACCUUCAGAACCUUAUCGACUUUGCUCAGGAAUAUUGGUCUUGCUGUGGUGCCCGAGGGCCCAAUGACUGGAACCUCAAUAUCUACUUCAACUGCACUGACUUGAACCCAAGCCGCGAGCGCUGUGGGGUGCCCUUUUCCUGCUGUGUUAGGGACCCUGCGGAAGAUGUCCUCAACACCCAGUGUGGCUAUGACAUCCGACUCAAACUGGAGCUUGAACAGCAGGGCUCCAUCUACACCAAAGGCUGUGUGGGCCAGUUUGAGAAAUGGCUGCAGGACAACCUGAUUGUGGUGGCCGGGGUCUUGGUGGGCAUUGCCCUCCUCCAGAUAUUCGGCAUCUGCUUGGCCCAGAACCUCGUGAGUGACAUCAAGGCAGUGAAGGCCAACUGGAUCAGUCAUGGUGAUGGCUACAAGCUACUCAAUAAACAGCACUUUGAAAACAGUGGCUUAUACUCACCGUCUUCGAAGGUUCUGUUGGCAGCAUGGCCUCAGAGCUCUCCAGUGAGGGCCCCGGCCUGCACCCAACCGCCUAACAAGGUCUCACAGGUCUGGGUGACUUACGCACCUGAGGUAGCCUUUUAAGUGGGUGUUUUGCCUUAAAGCCCACAUCUCCUGCUUCUCCUGAAGAAUGACUGUGUGGCCACACCAGCUUCUCGGUGUCAGCGUCAUCUACAGCAGGACAUAGAGACACCUCAGCUGGCCUGUUCUGUGUACCUGACCCCCAGCAUCUGGGAGUUGACCUUUCCAACCCCUGUGGAUUACUCCUGGAAAACACCUCAGGGCUUCUGUGUUUCAGCCUCAAGAAAGGCAAAAGGAUCUGAAGAGUGGGGUACUGGAGUUCACCCCUGAGAGGGUGUAGCCUGCUGGAUCCUAGUUGUGCUGGGCACUGAGGUGGCUGAGUGGUGGGGGGAGGGCAAGAAGGUCGUGCAGAGGGAGUGCCCGGAAGCCCACGGCUUGGCGUCUAUGAGGGUGAAGUGAGUCUAUUUUGGGGUCCACCAGCUGUUGGUUUAAAAACCUCCAUGACCUGCAGUGGUGCCUUGAGGCCACCAGAGGGCACAUCAACACCACAGUCUCUGCAUCUGGCUUUCCUCACACCCUCACCAUGUACCUACCCUGCUUACACUGAGUGGCUUGCGAACUUCUAAAGAAGAAAACCAGCUCAGGCUUAGGGCGAUCUGGCUGCCCAAAGGGCUGGUAUGUGUGAAAUGACCCUUCUCUCCCCUUUCCCUGUGCUGGUUCAAAGGUCGCAGCUCUGGUGCCCUCUGUUCCCUCGGUGAGUUACAGUGAAUGUAACAGAGUAGUGGGACCUGAUCUGCCUUGGUCUUGAUUAGCACUGGAGACCAGACAGGGAGACGGAGGUUCUGUGAUGAUGAGAUAUCUAUGUGCAAUCUGGAUGAUGAUAAUGACCUGCUUGGGAGUACAGGGGAAUACAGUGGGCACUGUGUCGAGACAGGUCCUCACCCUCAGGUGCUGACUGCUGUUCAGUUGUAGCAAAUUGCUGUGGUGUGGGAAUGUAGGGCUGACAGCAGAAAUCUCAGAGAAGCUGGGAAUCUGCGGCUCUUUAAGAUAGCCAGAUUUUAACUCAAACCUGCAGGCGUCACUGAGAGCCUGGAGCCCAGCCUCAGCUCCUGUGUCAGCGUCACGCACAGUGGCCCUGACUACUAAGCCCUGUGAGGGUGCUGGGAGCUGCAGCCACGGAGGCUGACCAGGCAGUGUGCCCCUGGUUGCCUUGUCCCCUGGCAUGGGCUGCACAGAGCUCUUGAUGGCACUGGCUACAGUGGUGUGUACAUGGCAAUAAAUA